UUUUUUUUUUUUUUCCCUUGCUCUCGGGGACCACAAGGGAAAGGUUGACGCAAUGGCAGUAGAGGGAUGGAUCGCGGUGGUCCCCGAGUCAGAGGAGCGAAAUUCUUUGUUCCCGAUGGGAAGUUGUUUGUUAGGAUCCUGCUUGUCUGGUGAUAUCUUAUUUUCUUUAUCUUGGGAGGUUGUGCUAGGUGUGCGAAAUGGAUUCCUAGCAUUCAAUUCUUGGGCUAGCGCUGCGAAUCUACCGUGAACCUUAUAUGUUUGUCUUGAAGAAGUUGGAUAUCGUACAAUACCAUUGUUGGUGAUUCUUGCUUUGCGGCCAUGUUUACACCCGUACAUACGUCCCUGGGCGCGCUGCUGCUCUUUCAGAGUUCCUCGGGUCUUCUUCUUCAUAAUGGCGCGGUUUUUGGCAUUUCGUCGCUUCUGUCGGGGUCGGUUUUGCAUCCCACGAGAGAUAACGUUCCCGUCAUUGCUGGGUUGUUGUCUAGUGUCAUCCCGGUUUACCUGUUCGUGCCUUCGUUGAUACCGCUGUAUCCGCCGGGGCCGAACUCCUGGGCAUCGGUGGCGUCUACGCUCGCGACGGGUUUCUUGCUGGGCUGGGGGACAAAGAAUGGUCGAGGCUGUACAUCUGGCCACAUGCUCUGUGGUGUCUCCCGCCUAUCGCCGCGCUCCUUCAUCGCAACAGCUAUCUUCUUCACAACCGCUCUGCUAACGGCAAAUUUGGCCUCGGGGGGUCAGAACAUCCCGCCUUGUGCGUCCGGAGUGCCCUGUUACACUCCCGUAUAUCCGUCAACAGCGGAGCUCAUGUUCAUGAUCGGGACGGCCGCUCUCACAUUCAUCACCAACUGGUUCAUUGUGCCCCGGAGAAUGGAUAGAUCAGAGAACUCGAGAACGCUCUUCUCUUAUCUGGCAGGGCUGCAAUUCGGCAUGGGUCUCUUCUUCUCCGGAAUGGCAAACCCAGCGAAGGUUUUGCGUUUCUUCGCCUUUCCAACCGAUUUAGCCCGUUUCGAUCCUUCGCUGGCGCUUAUAAUUCUCUUUGGAAUCGGGCCGUCGCUCAUUACUUUUUUGACCGCGAAGCCGGGACAGAAGCUCGACAGUCCGGAUGGCGAACGGGCAAAGCCCACAUUGGCAGAUGGUUGGAGACUCCCAACAGCCACGGUGGCGGACAUUGAUUGGAGGUUUGUCGCCGGUGCAGUGGCCUUUGGGGUUGCUUGGGGGCUACGGGGAGUGUGUCCGGGUCCCGCGGUGCUUCGUGCAGCCCUGCAGCCGGCAUGGGGCCUUGUCGAAAUGACUGGGUACAUGUUAGGAAACCUGGUAUAGAUGGCGUGAAGCCGUUUCCAUUUGUUAAGAAUUUCUACAGAUGACGGCGAAAGAUGUGUCAGGUUGGUCCCUCAGAGACCGGGCGAAAGGAUCCCGGCAGGGAAAUCGCCAUUAAGAGCUAUGCGACACGAACAUCAGCACGAUUCAUCAUGAUAUAGAGCUAGAAGUGCAACAUAUGUAUCAUAGACUGUACAUAUUAGGGCCUGGGAAGGCAGUAUAU